AUGGAUUGGUUUCAGAUCUUGCCUCAUUACCCACGUAUUAUACAGUUUGGUUCUCCACUAGAGAGACGAAUAGACAGAUUGAAACAGGAAGAAAAAGACAAGAGACCCGACCUCUUUGCUCUAGCUAUGGGUUAUUCUGGCCAGUUGAAAAGCAGGAAAGGUACAUGGGUUAAUGACAUAGAAUUUCAUCACAGAGAUAAAGAUAAGAAAGCUGGAGCAGCAUCAGGGGCUGCUGCUUCUGCAGCUACAGGGAGUAACUCAGGACCCACAUCCGGAGGGGAUAACCCUGGGACUAAGGGGGAUAACUCAUCAUCAUCGGGCAAAGAUAAGAACAAGAUGGUCAACGGAGAAAAAAGUGGCACAGUGAAAGAUAAGGAGCUUAAGUUGAAGAUAAAGACUGAAAAGGUCGAGAAGAGUGGAGAAAAGUCAAGGUCAGAGGAGAAGGUCAAAGCUGCAAGCAAUGUUGAAGCAAAGAAAAUUGCAGCUGAACGUGAAAGAAGAGAUAGUCCUGGAAACACAAUGUCCAGCCAUUCUAAAGAUAAGAAGGAGAAGGAAAGGCAUUCAAAUGAAAAAGAUAAGUCUAAAGCUUCUGAGGAAAAGCCAGAGAAAUCUAAAGAUGAUAAAGCAAGCAGGAAAGAGGAAAGAGCGGGAAAGUCUCGUGAAGAGAAAGCACAGGUUUCAACAAUACAGAUUAAAGAGGAAAAAGUGGAUAAACCUGAAAGAACGAAAGAAGACAAGAAAGAAAAGUCGAAAGAAAGGAAAGAGGAAAAGAUGAAAGAUGGACAUGCAAGAACAAAGGAAGGAAAAGAUGCACACGAAAUAAAGAGCAAGGAGGAGAAGAUUAAAGUGAAAUUAGAAAGAGCAAAAGAGGAGGCGAAAGAGAAACGUGACAAGGAGACGAGGAAGGAGGAGAAACACGAGCGUAUCAAACUGAAGAGAAGUUUCAGCCCUGAGGAGGCGCCACGUGACUCGCACAGAGAUGACAGGGACUGGGAUGCAGGGAGUGGUGCGUCCAACAGCAGCAGCCAUAGAUCUCACUAUCAUACACCUGAAGCCUCACCCAGGCAUUCAGACGAAAGAGAUUUGAAACGCAGGAAGACUGAGCCGAUUGCUUCAAGUUCUAAGGAGGACACCAGCGUAAAAUCAUCAAAAUCUCGACAUGGACGGAGUGUGUCACCAGAAAAAGACAAAGAAAGGGAAAGAAAGGAAAAGAAGAGGCUGAAGAAGGAAGCAAAGGCCGCUCUAAACGACACUGAAACAUCCCAGAACAAUAGUUUACAAGAAGAGGACCACCACAGUGACCAUGAUGCAGCACCUUCUUCAAGCAAGAAACGACGAAGCUUAGAAGCUCCUCCAAGUCGCUCGAGCAAAUUGAAUGGUGAUUCAGAUGACAGAGUUAGAACAAAAGACGACAGUUAUGAUAGACAUCAUGAUAGAGCUGGAUCUAGUAGAAAGGAUCUGAAAGACUCGGAACACGAACGUUCAAGAAGUAAAGAUAGAGAAAAGAAGAAAGAUAAAGACAGAUCUAAACGUCCAAAGAAGUCUUGAUGAAUGCUCAGAGAUUAUGUAUAAUUGAGAGACAGUGCUUUAAGAUUAUUUUUACAAUACACAGCAAUGACAACUUUAAAGAACAGUUAUCAUCAUCAUCAUUAGAUGUUGUCAUAUUUGGUUGUCUUAAAUGACGUUUCAUGAAAACUGUUGUUCAGGGAUCAAUUCUUUUACUAAAUUUACAGAUGGUGAUACAACUUUAAUUGACAAAUGCUCAUUGUAGUGUUAUACAGAUUCUUUUUGAAAAAAAAAUGGAAAUAAUUGGAGAAAUGGAAAAAAACAGUUCCAACUGGAAAUGAACUUACAGGGCUGGUUGAAAUAAUGAGUUGCCAGCUGAUUGAAGAAUUACAAUGUGAUUGUUAAUGAUUAUUACUUUCAGUUCAGUGUUAAUUUCUGGAAAGUGUGUGCAUAGCAUGUUGGGUACAUCACAUGAAUGUAUUAAUAAAGUUUUAAAGAAUAUUUUUGUUCUGUAUGUGAGAGUUAUUCAAUAUAAUUUUUAUGACUCUACAGGGUUCUUACAAGAUACAUGUUUUCAAAUACAGAUGAUUAACAUGAAA